UUAAGUAAAUCUCCUCAGAGCUCCUCGAGGAAGAGUGCACGACACGACUUCCCACAACAGCACACGGCGCGCGCGCACAGUGAUGACGUAGCACCGCCGUUCUCUUGACGACAACAAACAUGGAGGAGUAUGCCCGUGAGCCUUGUCCCUGGAGGAUAGUGGAUGACUGUGGAGGUGCUUUCACCAUGGGAGCUAUUGGAGGAGGGGUGUUCCAGGCGAUCAAGGGCUUUCGUAAUGCCCCUGCAGGUGUUGGACACAGACUGAAAGGAAGUGCAAAUGCAGUGAGAAUAAGAGCUCCUCAGAUUGGAGGUAGCUUUGCUGUAUGGGGAGGGCUCUUCUCCACAAUCGACUGUGGUUUAGUUCGCCUGAGAGGGAAAGAGGAUCCUUGGAACUCUAUAACAAGCGGGGCGCUGACUGGGGCCAUCCUGGCAGCACGCAGUGGGCCGUUAACUAUGAUGGGUUCUGCCAUGAUGGGGGGAAUCUUGCUCGCUCUCAUUGAGGGUUUUGGGAUCCUCCUAACCAGAUAUACAGCACAGCAGUUUCAGAACCCUAUUCCCUUUACAGAGGACCCCAGUCAGCUACCUCCAAAGGAUGGAGGUCAGCAGCAGCAGCAGCAGCAUCAGGGCACAAAAGGGCAGUUUCAGUAGAGAGCAACCAGGACUGAGACCAGCUGUGGACACAGUGAGUCAGACCAGAGAGUAGGGGGGACCAGACUUUACAGCAGGUAUCAGGAGGACCAGGAGGACCAGAUACUGGUCUCUACAGUGGUGUCAAGUAGGUGCACUAUGUACUUAUACCUCAGGGGCAAAUUACUGUGAGUUUAUUUAUUAUGUUUAUUUAUGAGUGAAUUUUUGUGACAAAUGUCAUGUUUGCACCUCCGGCAUCUCAUGCAACAUUUUCUGUAUUAAUGUUUGAAAUCAAUUUGAUUAUUCAACAUCCAGGUAAAAGCUAUAAAUUAAAGGCAUAGAUUGACAUUUGGGGAAAUUUGCUUUGGUGCAGAGAGUUAGAUGAGAAGAUCAACCACUUUCUGCUGGAGCCAACAGUUGGUAAGCUUAGCAUAAAGACUGGAAACAGCCAGCCUGGCUCUGUCCAAAGGUUACCAAAUCCACCUACCACCACCUCUAAAUCACACUAAUUAACAGGUUGUAUCUUGUUUUUUUAAUUUGUACAAAAAUUGAUGUGUAAAAACUACAUUUUUUUUUUAUUUUACAAGGGGUUAUGUGUUUCUUACCAGGUGCUGUGACUUCUUGAGUUGGCAUCUAUCUUCUCAUGUAACUCUCAGCAAAAAAGUGAAUAAUUGUAUUUACCAAAAGAUUAAACUAUUCCUUUAAUAUUCCAAAGAUCUUAUACAUGUAUGCACAGAUAUAGUAAACAGUGAAGCCAGUGUUUUAAUGGCUGCAAGGCAGAACGGUAGAGCACUAAGAAAAAAAUAGAUGUCGGAGGAGUUUUACCAUGAGAGUGGUAUUCUGAAAGUUGUGUAGUCUCAAGUCUUUAAUUAUGUGUCAGCUGUGACAAUCAAUGCAAAGAACUUUGUGUUUUUAAGUGAUGUAAGAUGUGUCUAGUAGGCUCAACAAAAUCUCAUGCCACUCUGUUUCCAGUUUCUCUUAAUAAGGUCUUGCCUCGCCUGGCAGCUUUUGUCAUUUUGAAUCUUUGUUGAAUAGUUAUUAUCUUAACGUAUUAGAAGGAUGAGCACAAAUCGUGAAGAAAUAUGUACGAGGUUCCUAGAAAUGAUGACUUGAAUGUAGAAUGUAGAAUGUAAGUAAUGUAGUACUUACACAUGCACCCCUAGUCACUUUGAUCACUGCGUUAUCCAUCAAGCAACCAAGCACUUUUUAAAGCCCAUCUCUCUAUUUUUUUAGUAGCAUUCGCCACGGGAGAGAGAUGGUGCAGUAUGAUCCUGUGAGUAGCAGUCAAACUAUGUUUAGAAAGAAUGUUUAUUUUAUGUAUUGUCUUGAUAUAUUUAUCUUGCAAAAGCUGAUUAAAAAAAUAAAUAAAAAUAAAGGCAUCAGAUGUUCUUUAAGAUUUGA